GGGAACCCUAGUUCUCCGGGGCCGAAAGUGGGCGCCGGACCGCCGGAAACCGCGGGCCCCGGGUGGCCGGAAGUGCGGGUCAGAGCCGCCGGGAACUGUAGUCCGGCGGGAGACGGAAGCGCGGCCCGCGGCCCGGCGCCAUGGCGGGCCUGGAGCUCCUGUCGGACCAGGGCUACCGCGUGGACGGACGCCGCGCUGGCGAGCUGCGCAAGAUCCAGGCGCGGAUGGGCGUGUUCGCGCAGGCCGACGGCUCGGCCUACAUCGAGCAAGGCAACACCAAGGCGCUUGCGGUGGUCUACGGGCCGCACGAGAUCCGGGGCUCCCGAGCACGAGCCCUGCCAGACAGGGCCCUGGUGAACUGUCAGUAUAGUUCUGCGACCUUCAGCACAGGUGAACGCAAGCGGCGACCCCAUGGGGACCGUAAGUCCUGUGAGAUGGGCCUGCAGCUGCGUCAGACCUUCGAGGCGGCCAUCCUCACACAGCUGCACCCACGCUCCCAGAUUGAUAUUUACGUGCAGGUGCUGCAAGCAGAUGGCGGGACCUACGCAGCUUGUGUGAACGCAGCCACGCUGGCAGUGCUGGACGCUGGAGUACCCAUGCGGGACUUUGUGUGCGCCUGCUCCGCUGGCUUUGUGGACAGCACGGCCCUGGCGGACCUCAGCCAUGUGGAAGAGGCCGCUGGCGGUCCCCAGCUGGCCCUGGCCUUGCUGCCGGCCUCAGGCCAGAUUGCGCUGCUUGAAAUGGAUGCCAGGCUCCACGAGGACCACCUAGAGUCGGUGCUGGAGGCCGCUGCCCGGGCUGCCCGGGACGUGCACACACUGCUGGACCGUGUGGUUCGACAGCAUGUCCGUGAGGCCUCUGUUUUGUUAGGGGACUGAACAUCUGCACCCCCGCCCCCAGUUCCAGAAUAAAACCCACACACAGUGUGCUGAACUUUGA